GACGAAAUCAAAAUGGCGUCUUUCAUGGAAUAGUGCAUAUAUCCGCCGCACAUAUUCGAGACUUAUAAUAAUAAUCGUGAUAACGACAUUAUAUCAGUGAUAUAAACUGUUUGUGGACUUUUACUUAGUGCUAAAGUGUGUAUAUUUGUUCAAGAAAGUUUUUACAGUGACAUCGUCGCUGAACACAAGUUUCCGCUAAGGUGAAUGGGAGGCAACGCAGGAUGACAUCUGGCGGCUGAGGCGCCGCGCGCCGCCGACACGCGCAUACCAACAACAUGUCGUUCUUUAACAAUCUCAAAAAGGUGCUGCACCUUGGUAGCGGAAAUGACGCAAAAAAGAAAAAGGUAUUUAGUAACAUCCGCGACAACAGCGACCCCAACGAGCACUGGGACAUGAUAGGAGAACUCGGCGAUGGCGCAUUCGGCAAGGUGUACAAAGCCCAGCACAAGACAACCGGCCAGCUCGCCGCUGCCAAGAUGUGUGUCUUAGAUAAUGAAGAUGACCUCGCAGACUUCACUGUGGAGAUUGACAUCCUCAGCGAAUGCAGACAUCCGAAUGUUGUCGAGUUACAUGAAGCAUAUUUCAUAGAUAAUAAACUAUGGAUGCUGUUAGAAUACUGCGACGGCGGCGCGCUGGACUCGGUGAUGGCGGAGCUGGAGAAGGGGCUGAGCGAGGCGCAGAUCGCGUACGUGUGCCGCGAGAUGUGCCGCGGCCUGCAGUUCCUGCACUCGCGCCGCGUCAUACACAGAGACCUGAAGGCGGGCAACGUGCUCGCUACUAUGACUGGUGGAGUUAAAUUAGCUGACUUCGGUGUGUCGGCGAAGAACAAGUCGACACUGCAGAAGCACGACACGUUCAUCGGCACUCCGUACUGGAUGGCGCCGGAGGUGGUACUCUGCGAGACCUUCAGAGAUCAUCCUUAUGAUUUUAAGGUGGACAUCUGGUCGUUGGGUAUCACUUUGAUCGAAUUCGCUCAAAUGGAGCCUCCCAACCACGAGAUGACACCGAUGCGAGUUUUGCUCAAGAUACAGAAAAGUGACCCUCCAGCACUCGACCAGCCCUCCAGAUGGUCAAAGCCAUUUAAUGACUUCAUCGCUAAGGCACUAGUCAAGGAUCCAGAGAAAAGGCCUACAUCCAGUGAAUUACUGAAGCACGAGUUUGUUUGCGGAGAAUUAGACUCGAAACCGCUAAGAGAUCUGCUGCUGGAGUACAGAGCUGAGGUGGUCGAGGAGGAACUGCUGGAUGAUGACUCUGAGGAGCACCGCAGCUCCCAGAUGCACAUGGAGAUAGAAGAUGACUCUACGUCGGUGCGCUCGGGCGAGACGCCGGACAUCAAGAUGUCGGAGGAGCCAUCAGCGGGCACUCCGUCUCCGCCGGGCGCGCCGCGAGUCUCCCGCCCCGCCUCUCCGCAGCCCGCGGCCACGCCCCCCGCCGCCGCCCCCGCCCCGCCCACAGCCGCCGCACUCGCCCCCGCCCCCGCCCCCAAGCGUCCACACGACGACGACCACCAGCACGCUGACAGGAAGGCACCCGCCCCCAAAAAGGAGAAAGGCCCAGCGCCGCCGCCCCCCGCGUCGCCCCAAUCACAACCUACCUUACCCCCUACACCCACGCCCGUUACCCCCAUCGCUCCCGUCACCCCCCUCGCCACCCCCAGCACGCCCACCACGCAGCCAUCAUUACCAACACAAGCCUCCCCCACGUCUACGUCACCCGCCACGCCCACAACCGUCGACAGCCCCGCCCCCCGCACGCCCAAGAAGCAGCCCGCCCCGCCCCCGCCCGCAGCGCCCGCACCCCCUGCAGCCCCCGCAGCGCCCGCAGCCGCCGCCGCUGGCAGACAUAUUGUUGAUCAGGUAUGCAGAGAAGCCGAAAAAGUUGUUGAGCAAAAAACCGACAAAACAUCAGAAAAAUUACAUAUCAGCGAAAAACCAAAGCACGAUAACAGACUGAAUAAAUCGACAGAAGAGAAGAUAAAUACAGAAGUAAGAGUAUCAGAGAGAGAUAAAGAACGUUCUAGAUCUACUUCUACAGAUUUAGAUAGAGUAGUAGAGACGAGUAGAGUUACCGCAGAAGUAAAUAGGAUAGAAAGGGAGAACAGAUCGCGGUCUGUGGACGACAAGGAUAGAGUUAGUAUAGAAGUGACUAGACCUGGAAGAUUAGAGAAGAAGGAAUAUUCUAGAUCUAGUUCUGUGGAAGAAGAUAGAGUACAGAAUGCGGUGGAAAUUAGACCAGUUACUCCGCCAUCAUCCCGACGAGACAUCCGGCCAGCUGUAGCGGCGGUGACGGUGGUGGCGGUGUCCGCGGAGCCCAACUCGCUGGCGGCUUCGCCCGCGGGACUCGUCACCGUCACUACAACACAUCCACCUGUUUUGAAUACUUUGACGUUGCCGCCAAACGCAGUAACGAUAUCCACCACACCGCCGAUAGCUGAUGAAGUGGUGAUCGUGGGAGCCGGCUCAUCUUCAGAUGAUGAUUGCUUCGCGCCGUCGUCACUGGACUCGCUGGACUGCGCCAACUCCUGCAGCGAGAAGAGCCGAGGUCGUCGUCUGGAUAGCAGCGAGGUACUGAUCCUCAGCCCUGGAGCUGCCGCUGACUCCGGAGUCUUCGAUGACAGCCUUGCUAAUGGACUCAACCUGGAUACAUCUCACGUGUCGGUGGUGACGGUGGGCGCGGAGGAGGUGCGUGUGCGGGACUCCGCCGCUACGCACAUCGCGCUCGCGCCCACGAGACUGUCACCUGAUAGCUUUGACAGACGUUCGCAAUCUGACAGCGGGUCGGUGGCAUCGGCGUCGUCACGUCGCGGAGCUGACGCAGACUCGUUAGCGACCACGGCGUCGCACGACUCCGCGCACCACGCGGUCACACCCGACACACAACUGAAUGGUGGCACAAGAGUGAACACGGACAGCCAGGAGAUGGAUAACGGAGAGCAGGUGGUGUUGAGGCGGAACAGGCAGGACCCCUCUAAUCGUAUGCAAAGAUCUAAAGAAGACAUCCAUAUGGCAAACUUGAAGAAGAAAACGCGCAAGAGAACGAGGAAGUUUGAGAUAGAUGGUGUCAUUGUUACUACAACAACGUCAAAGGUGAUCUGGGGCGACGAGGAGAGCGGGCGCACGUGGGACGACCACGCGCUCCGCAAGCAGGAGCUGCGCGAGAUCAAGAUGCUGCAGAAGCAGGAGCAGAAGCAGUUCCAGGACCUCAACGCUAAGGAGCACCAGCUCAGGGACCAGCAGGAUAAGAGAUUCGAAGCAGAACUGGGCAGUCUAUCGCGCGCACACGAGGCGGAGCUAGAGGCACUCGCGCGCAGUCAGCGCGCAGCUGCUGAGCGAGCUGAGCAGCAGCUGGAGGCGGAACUGCGCCAGCAGGCGAAGAGACUGCGCGCGGAACAUGAGAGAGAUCUGCGACACUUCAGAGAUACAUUGAAACAGGAGUUGAGGUUGUUGAAGCAGGAGGUGGAGUUGGUCGCUAAGGUUUGUGACGUCAUAGCACUCAUACUUCAUACUAAUGUUGUAAUAAUGCGUACAAGAGAAGCAGCGCUGUGGGAGUUAGAAGAGAAGCAGAUACACGAGCGACAUCAGCUCGCCAAGAGGCAGCUGAAGGACGAGUUCCUGCUGCGCCGGCACCAGAUGCUGGUGCGACAUGACAAGGAGUUGGAACAAAUUAAGAGAAAGAAUACCCGAAAAGAAGAAGAAUUAAGCAAAUGCCAGGCGUUGGAGAAGCGGUCGUUACCCAAACGUAUCCGAGCUGAGCAGAAGGCGCGGGAGAUGAUGUUCAGGGAGUCUCUGCGCAUCGCCGGCACCGCGCAUGAUGAUGACAGAGAUAGGCUCAAGAAGUUCCAGGAGAACGAGAAGCGCAGGUACAGAGCGGAGCAGCAGAGGCUGGCCACGAAACACGCUAAAGCGAAGGAGGAAUUAAAAGCCGCUGGAGAGGCGCUGCUCCGCGAGCUGGAGCAGUACCAGAACGAGAAGCGCAAGGCGCUGAUGAACCACGAGAGCAGCAAGAUGAAGGCCGUGGAGGAGCGCUACGCCCUCGAGCUCAAGGAGUGGCGCGCCACCCUCGGCGACAGGAAGACGAACCUCAUUAGAAGCUUCGAGAAGCAUCUCGACGAUCACGAGAAGAAGUACGGAAAGGCCAUACCUGAUAGAUCUUUGUACCUCGAUGCACCUUGGCCGAGAAAUGUACUCCAGCAUGUCCUCAGCGCGUACCAACAACGAACAUCUUUCAUAGGUUCCCUAUCCAGGUCUAGAACCAGUCUGAACCUAGCUCUGUCCACCUCAAAUACACCAAACAUGGAUAGAAGGCGAUCAGUCAGUCCAAAUAAUGACUACAGAACAACAAAAUCAGCAGCCUCAAGUAUCACGAGUACUUCAAAACGGGGAAAACUCAUCAAAGCCCAAAGAUAUAGUUCCACAUCUAAUUUGAAAUUGGUUUCAGAGAAAAUAUCAGGUUUCUCAGUGUUCCGUGGCUCGGAUGAUGUCAGACGCGAACCAAUAAUGGCUUACGAUAUGACAGAGAAUAAGAAAAUAGAAGAAGAACCGAGAAGGAGUCUAGAAAGAUCUAAACCGGUGCAUAAAAUGCCAAUGUCUGUACGGAAUAUGUCACCAGCGAGAGUCAAACCGAAGUUAAAUAGACAGAGUCUAAGUGAACAUGCUUUAUUAGAAAACAAUGAAGAUCUAUUAAAAAGGAGCGUUUCUCAGCAGAAUUUGAAGCAAGAUAUAGCUAUGGAGGCGGUUGUAAUCGAUAUGCCGUCGAUAUCAAAAUACGAUACGUUUAAAAGUGGCAGCACUAUCGAUAUCGAUAUCGAAAAAGAUAGUGAUGUGACACAUUUUAGUAGAUGGGGCCCUGUUAGGGGAUCUAAUAGCUAUUCGAAUCAAGGCGACAUCCCUGUCAGUCAGCUGUCAACUAUGAACUUUAAAGCGGCUCUGGGCACAGACAAGAAUGGACCUCCCGACUCUAUGGCUUAAUUUUUUUAUAACGAGCAUGCCUUUCCAGCCAAGCUUAUCAAUCACUUCCAAACAU